AUGGAGCUGGCAGCCGGGAACCUCAGCGAGGGGAACGCGAGCGGCCCCGAGCCCCCGGCCCCGGAGCCCAGGCCGCUGUUCGGCAUCGGCGUCGAGAACUUCGUCACCCUGGUGCUGUUCGGCCUGAUCUUCGCUCUCGGCGUGCUGGGCAACAGCCUGGUGAUCACGGUGCUGGCGCGCAGCAAGCCGGGCAAGCCGCGCAGCACCACCAACCUGUUCAUCCUCAACCUGAGCAUCGCCGACCUGGCCUACCUGCUCUUCUGCAUCCCCUUCCAGGCCACGGUGUACGCGCUGCCCACCUGGGUGCUGGGCGCCUUCGUCUGCAAGUUCAUCCACUACUUCUUCACCAUCUCCAUGCUGGUCAGCAUCUUCACCCUGGCCGCGAUGUCGGUGGACCGCUACGUGGCCAUCGUGCACUCGCGGCGCUCCUCCUCCCUGCGGGUGUCCCGCAACGCGCUGCUGGGCGUCGGCUUCAUCUGGGCGCUGUCCAUCGCCAUGGCCUCGCCCGUGGCCUACCACCAGCGCCUCUUCCACUGGGAGGUCAGCAACCAGACCUUCUGCUGGGAGCAGUGGCCCAACCAGCGCCACAAGAAGGCCUACGUGGUGUGCACCUUCGUCUUCGGCUACCUGCUGCCGCUGUUGCUCAUUUGCUUCUGCUAUGCCAAGGUUCUUAAUCAUUUGCAUAAAAAGCUGAAGAACAUGUCAAAGAAGUCAGAAGCAUCGAAGAAAAAGACCGCACAGACAGUUCUGGUCGUGGUUGUGGUCUUUGGGAUCUCCUGGCUGCCGCACCACGUCAUCAAUCUCUGGGCCGAGUUUGGGGUCUUCCCGCUGACCCCCGCCUCCUUUCUCUUCAGGAUCGCCGCCCACUGCCUGGCCUACAGCAACUCCUCGGUGAAUCCUAUCAUAUACGCGUUUCUCUCUGAAAAUUUUAGGAAGGCCUAUAAGCAAGUGUUCAAGUGCUACGUGCAGAGUGAGUCAUCUCUUAAUGAUAAGAAAGGAAAUAAAAGCCGGAUAGACACCCCGCCGUCCACCAAUUGCACUCACGUGUGAGGGCGCCAGAGCAGCGUGCGGAACCUCAGGCAGAAGACGUGCGACUCGGGUUGGCAAGUCCACAGCUUCUUGUGCUGAUGAUGACUCACGUCACCUUAUCUCCACUUGCUUUUGAAAAAGCACUUUGAUCCAUGUAGGAAAUAUCUAGGUCUAGUGAAGAUUACUUCUAAAUUUUAUUUCAAAAAACAAAAUAACAUGUUACGUAGUUUUAUGCCUUCAUGGAAAUGAGAGGUUAAUAGCAUUCCAUCGCUAUGUUCAGUUCUUCAGAGAACAAGGACCUAGAAAUACAGUCGGGAAGACAGGCGAUCGCCAUUUCGAAGCCGAUUUAUUUAGAAAAAAACACACGUAUGUGUUAAUUCUUCAGUUUUAAGAAAAGAGGUAAUAUUGUGAGGUAUGUGUUUUAAAAUAUGAUCGUGGACACAC